AACAUAAAAUAUUUUAGCAUGGAACCGAUUUGGAAAUAGAUGAAUCAAUAAUUAUUCAACAAGUAAGUAGUACAUCUCAUCCAAAAAUCGAACCAUUGGAUACAGACGUAGCAAAUUUUGAUCUAACAACGUAUUUAAAUGACACAGAAACACUUCCAGAAAACUUUUGUUCUAAUAUACCUUGUAAAAAAAUUAAAGCAGGGAUUAAAAAAAUAGAUUUAGAAGCACAAAGAUAUAUAAUAGAUGAAGAGGAUGAUGUAGAUGUAGAAGAUGAUGUAGAUGUAGAAACUAUUUCAGAAUGUGAAACUUCGCCUGUUCUGGAAGCUAAAGACCUUAACAGUCUUUUGGAACAAUUUGAAGCUACACAAAUUCCUGAAUUGCCCAGUAACUUUAUUGAAGAGAAUGCUAGGGUAGACGAAUUAAAUCCUGAGAAAAUUUCAAAAAAUUUAAUAAAUGAAAUAUUAGAUGAACCUGUUAAGAUAAAAUUAGAAACAGAAGAAAUAGAUAUUGUGAUACAUGAUUUAAUGGAUAAGAAAGAAAUUAUAAAUGAUCAUGAAUAUGGCAUUGGUAAAAGGAAAGAGCACAAGGAUAAAAAGGAUAGAAAAAUUGAUAAAAAUAUCAAAAUAGAAGACAAAAAUAAUUUAAAUAUAGAAGAUUCAAAUAAAAUAGAAAUACCUCAAAUUAACAAAAAAGACAACAAUUCUUCUACUUCCAAUUUAAAAGAAUCCACAACUAAGGAUGAAAAUUCUGACACCUCAUUAUCGCAAAAUAACUCUUCGAAAUCAAGCCAACCCAUGAAAACAUCGAAUCAUCCUUCAAGUCCAACAAUUUCACUCACCGAAUCAACUACCUCUCUUACACCUAACAAACAAAUAUUGGAUUCUCUGCCUCGAGAAUUAAUUGCUCGUAUCAAAGAAUCUGGUAAAAGGAAACCUAUAUCUGUGAUACCCCCGAUCCCAGCCAAAAAACGUGGUGGGCCCCGAAUGCAGGAAAUGGCCCAAUUGAACAGGAACAAGAUAACCAAAUUGGUCACGAUGGAAACUGUCCAGUUAGAUCAUGACUAUUGUAGUUUUGGUGCUAGAGAUGAAACUUAUCCCAAGAAUCCUAAGAAAGAUUCAGGUUUUGAGUCAGCUGAAGAAGACGAUAGAACUAUUAUUGGAAAACAGCCUACCGUUAAGAAUGCUGAUGGGAAACUUAUGGUAUCUCUGCUCAAGGUCAACACAAUAUUCACGCCCAAUAUUAGCCAACAAAAGAAAAAACUGAACUUAGAAGAAUACAAAAAACGUCGUGAAGGUUUCCUAACAUCUCAGAACAAUUCUCAGAAUUCGUCUCCAAUUAACAGCACAUGUAGCUCUCCGUUGCCUGAAGAUGAGAACACGAAACUUUUGAAACAUCAGGAAAAAUUGAUGAGAAUGGCUAAGGAAGUAUUAAAUACCCCUCCGAAAGGGGAAAAAAAACCUGAGCCGGCCUUGGUUAUAACACCUCCCGUUCAACUACAAGUACCUCAUGAUAUGGAAAUGAAGACUUUAGUUAGUAUAGGAGUUAAUACAGAUUUUAAAGUACGUCGAAAAAAUUUGGAUACCCUAACCCCGGUAGAGCGUUUAGACGAAAUCAAACCGUUAUUACAAAAAGUCAGCUCUAAGAUCAACGGCAACUCUCUAAUAACAUCUGUAAUAGAGAACAUCCCAAAAGUGAUCGACAGUUGUGAUCCAAAACAAUCCGAUCUUACUUCAAACAAAGAUUCCAAUAAAAACAAAAUAGAGCAUGGAGAAGACAAGACUAUAGUAUAUCUGCCCAAAAAUAGAGUACCAGUAAAAACACAAACUGUAGAAUGUCAGACAAAUAUAUCUUUAAUUCAGCAAACUAAGGCGAGUAGAUACAGAAGGAGGAGGCAGUCAUCAGUGUCAUCUUGUUCUUCUGAUUCCUCCAGAGAAAGCCGUAGAAGCACAUCAAGUUACAACAGAGACAGAAACUCCAACAAUUCCAGAUGCAGUUCAAGAAGUUCGAGGAGCCCAAAUUCAACAACUUCUUCGUCCUCUUAUUCCUCAAGGUCGCCUUCUAGAUCGCGGUCUAGGUCUUCCUCGCCUAAGUACUCUCGUAAAGACAAAGAAAGGUUAAGAGAAGUGGAGGAACGUAGAGUGAUAUAUGUUGGUAGAGUACCGCCUGGCACUACCAGAGAUGAUUUAAAGAAGAGGUUCAAAAGUUUUGGUCCUAUAACGAAUGUUAGUUUACACUCAAGAGAUCACAGUUAUCUUGACAAUUAUGGAUUUGUAACUUUUGCGAACAAACUGGAUGCAUAUGAAGCCAUAGAACAUGGAAAUGACGAUCCCUGGCAGCCAAAAUACGAUUUAAGCUUUGGAGGGCGUAGAAUAUUUUGUCAAACAGGUUAUUCUGAUCUCGACAACAUGAGAGAUGAAUCCGGCUAUUUCGCUUCCAGAAACGGUGCCGACGAAUCUUUUGACAAAUUAUUGAAGGAGAUGCAAGAUAAAUUACGCAAACGCAAAGCUUGACAAUUAUUAUUAUUUUUUAAAAAAUUAGAACAAAAUUGGCAUUUUCGUUUCCAUUUAUUAGAAUGAUUGCUGUUUAAUUUUAUUAAAAAAAAAAAGAAAAGUUUUGGCGUAAAUACAUAUUAUUACUUUUUUAAUGUUUCAUAUUUAUACAGAACAUGUCCAUAUUUUGUUUUACAUAUUAAUUUUUUAAUAACGAUUAACGAAUAUUUUUUUAAACUACCUCAUAAACGUUUAAUGAGAAAGAAAAUAUACUAUUUUUUUUUAAUAGUAAAUACAAAUUAUAAACAUAUAUAAGUAGGUACUUAAAAAUUAUUUUAUAUUAUUUGUCCUUUUUUUAUAAACAUACCCCAAACAUGUUUUUCUAGAAUAACAAAGUAUAGGACACACUGUAUAAUUUUUUAAAAUAAUUAUCUUAGGUUUCUUUUUCAAAUGAAUCAUUAAGAAUCAUAGAACAUACCUUUUAAGCGAUCAGAUUAAUUUGUUUUAAAUAUACUAAGUGACAGAAAAUUCACACAUAUAUCAUCAAUUUUCCCAUCCUUCUAUUUUCCAUGUCACUAAGUAUACAUGUGUUUUAUUGAAAACGAUUAAAAACCAUGACAACUAAAUACAUUUUGAAAAUCUUUUUUAUUAUUAUUAUUAUUAUUUACUGUUGGAUAUGUUUUUCCCAAUUGGGCUGUGUAUUUUGUAUUUGAAAUAUUUUUGUUAUAGCUGAG